CUAAUAAGACGUGCACAUUAUCUUCCUCUUUCCUUUUAAAGUGUUUUAGAAAACAGUCAGCAGAAGAGGUCCAUAAGUAACCAGAAUCCAAGGCCGAACCUGUGUCUUCUGCUAUUACUGUGGUUUCCUGCCCCACAACAAACUCAAAAUUAGAGAUGGUGUGAAAAUAACUCAACACUCCAUGGAACAAAUAUAAAUAUACACAACAAAAUAAAAAAUUGACAGUGUAAGAAAGCUCCAACAGACUAUGGAAGCAACUUCAACUGAGUUCCCGAACUCUUCUCCAUACAAGGAAGUCUUCUGGAGUUACCAAACUGAGCGAACCAAAAACUUCUCUUCAGAAACCCUAAAUGCUACUGUCUGUUCCAUGGAAGAAGGCUCAUUGUCUCUUGUUUUCAUCAUUUUUUACUCCAUUAUUUUUGUCAUUGGAUUGGUUGGCAAUAUUAUAGCCUUGUUUGCUUUUUUGUACAUUAAUCACAAAAGAAAUUCUAUCCAGAUUUACCUGCUUAAUGUAGCCAUUGCAGACCUUCUACUGAUCUUCUGCCUCCCCUUCCGUAUACUAUAUCAUAUUAACAAAAACACAUGGAUGUUGGGAUUGAUUUUCUGCAAGAUUGUUGGAACCCUAUUUUAUAUGAACAUGUACAUUAGCAUCAUACUCCUGGGAUUAAUUAGCAUGGACCGUUAUGUAAAAAUUAAUAAGUCUAUAAGACGUCCAAAAAUGUUAACAGCUACACGAAGCAGAUGUACCUGUUGCAUAUUGUGGACAAUUUCAGUAAUAGGACUCAUAAUGACAGUUGCUCAGUCUGCUAAGAGAGAAGAACACAAUUCGACUAUGUGCUUCCAUUACAGAGAUAAACAGAAUGCAAAAAUGGAAGCAAUUUUAAACUAUAUUCUUGUUAUAGUCUUUUGGAUAGUUUUCUUUCUACUAAUACUUUCAUAUGUUAAGAUUGCGAAGAACCUUCUGAAAAUUUCCAAGAAAAGAGCAGAUUUUCCCAAUGCCGUAAAGUACUACACCACAGCAAGGAAUUCCUUCAUUGUACUUAUUAUUUUCACCCUGUGUUUUUCUCCAUAUCACAUAUUCCGAUUUAUCUACAUUACAUCACAAUUACAACACACAUCUUGUUACUGGAAGAAGAUAAUUCACAAAUGCAAUGAGAUUAUGCUUGUAUUUUCAGCUUUCAACAGCUGUUUAGAUCCCGUUAUGUAUUUCUUAAUGUCCAGCAGUGUUCGUAAGACUGUAUUCCGACUUAUUUGCAGAAAACUUCAUGGGGACUCAUGUGUGAGUGAUAGUAUUUCAGAAAUGAAACCUGGGCAAUCUCGUCAUGAUACUGCGACUACCAUUACCCCCCAUUCAAGCUUUUUAAAGAAAAAUUCCCUCAUCUGAUUGCUUAAAUAUAAUGGACAACUGCUUCCCAAAUACAGAUAAUCUACUAGAUAAUUGACACUGGAUGUACAUGGAUACAGGAAUGUACAACAAUACAGAGCUGGUAAUACUGCCUCGAGAAAAGCCUUCCCCCCCUCCUUUCGUUCCUUUUUUACAAGUCAUACUUCAACUGCUUAAACAAAUUAAAAAUGAUUUUUGAUGAGAAA